AGUGCCGGCGGGAGUGGGAGGCGGGUGUGUGGCGUUCUGUCGGUGGGGAGAGAGAGCGUUUGGGGUCGAGCAAGCCUCCCAGUGACUUUGUAGCCCCUUGGUGCCUUGUCCCCGCCCUGUGUGAGGGUUGCCGGUGCCCUUGGCCCUGCUCUGCUGCUGCCGCCCCGCGGGAUGCGGGCUCGGCCCUGUCCCCCGCUGGCCCUGUUCCCCCCUCCGGCCGCAGUAUGAGCGCGGCGAGCGAUGCAUACGUCUUUAUAAAAGACAUAAAACCCGGAUUGAAAAACCUAAAUGUCGUCUUUAUUGUGCUGGAGAUCGGGCGCGUCACCAAGACCAAGGACGGGCACGAGGUGAGGUCCUGCAAGGUGGCCGACAAGACGGGCAGCAUCACCAUCUCCGUGUGGGACGAGAUUGGCAGCCUCAUCCAGCCGGGGGACAUCAUCCGCCUCACCAAAGGGUAUGCAUCUCUGUGGAAAGGAUGUCUGACACUUUACACAGGACGAGGAGGCGAGCUGCACAAAAUUGGGGAGUUCUGCAUGGUAUACUCAGAAGUGCCAAACUUCAGUGAGCCCAACUCAGAACACAUUGGACAGAACAAAUUGGCACAAGGCGAACAGAAUAAUAGUUCUGCAUCAAGUAAUAUGGGUUCUUGUACUUUUGGGCCAGUUGGAAAUAGUUUACAAACUGGACCUGAAUCAAGUGGAUUUCCAUUUACAUAUAAUCAUGGCCACUCUUACGCAGGUAGUGGGAGAGGCAAUGGACGAGGACCUGUAAAUCCAGCUACAGCUAAUAGUGUUCAGCCUCUUCCCCCUGCUGUCAGUAAUGGGAGGGACCCACGCAGAGCCUUUAAAAGAUGACUAUGCCAAAUGUGGUUGUACAGCUUGCUUAAACUCUACACUCUACUUGAACACUUAUUGCACUUUUAUUUAUGGUUAACUGUGAACCAGUUUUUUUAACCUUUUGGUCUAUGGAGCAAACUUAAUGUGAUCUUUUUGUUUUGCUUAGGGAAGCACAGGGAGUCUUCCCAUAAAUGAAAGGAGUAGGGAGAAAAGGUGGAUAAUAAAGAGGAUUGAGGGGUAAUGGUUUGAAGAGUCUCAAUUAAAACUCAGUACCCUUUGUCAAAUAGAAGAUAAUUUUGGUAAUGUGUAUGUAUUUUUCUGUUUCUCUUGGUCAGCCAUAUAGCCUUAAAUGGUUUGUAAUGUCCUGUGUGCACAUACGUUGACUUCCAUUAGAGUUAGUGGGAGUUCUUCGUAUUGGAAGAGAAAUGAUGGAGAAGGGCAAAGAUGCUGUAGUGAACUAAUGUUCUUAGAAUGAAUAUAGCUUGCAAAAGCAAUAAGUAUAAGGAAGUGAUGUGGUCAGCACUUUGUGGUGCCUCCUAAAUCUUAACUACUAACUCAGACAGAAGUUGAAGACCUCGGGAGUGUCUUGAGGCCUGACCUCUGAUUCCAAAAGCCUGUAUAAUCUUCUAAAGAAAAAUUCUCAAUAAUACACCAUUAUCAAUGUCAAGGAGAGCAACACUGAUUCUUUUUGCUUUGGGUAGGAGCUUGGAUACUCAUUCUUGCUUUGCUUGGAAUGUGACAUAUCUAAAUUCAGGUAGCACUGGAGAAUACUGUUAGUAGCUACUCCUGGUGUAAAAGCCCAGAGCUACCUUUACAGGACUCUGCAUCUCCAGGAAAGAUUGAGUUUGAGAAACUGUUCUCAAAUGCUGCUUUGCUUAUCUCUUCAAUGAGGCUGGCUACUUUUCCUUCAUUCACUUUUCCAAAUGAAUUAUACAUUAGAUCAAGCUGGAUGUGUUGAUUGCAGAGGAACUGACCAAGCACACAGCUGCAGUUCUGAUGCUGUAAGCUUUUGUCCCUCUGUUUUUAUAUGGCGUAUGAGUUAUCCCUUAGAGAACUUAACCCCCACCCCAGUCUUCCUGGGAGGGAAAUAGCUGUGGUUUUAUUUCUGAGAUUACAAAUGUUUUGACUCUAGAUAUAAAGAGUUCUGUGGCAUAUUUCAGAUCAGGUUUAAAAUCUAACUUCGAAGCUGAGGUAUCAUACUGGAUUCAUCUGUUCAACUCUUCUUAUAGCUGACCUCUCAAAUAAAAAUUGCACUAACCAUUUCAAAAACAAAUCUAACUUUCUUUGUCAAGCCAAAAAGACUUUGUAACAAAAGGCUAUUUCUGAAUUGCAAGUUGUCUCUGUUGUCAUUCAUGUUAGUUGAAUAUAUCCCUAAAUUAUUGAUGUUUACAAGUUGUUUGAUACGUUUGGUAGUCUAUCAAGAUGAUUUGUUGACAAUUGCCUCUAAGGGGCAAAGGUUCCUUGCUUAAUUCUGAAAUACCAAUCUGUCUUUUAAAAGCAGGCAGCAGCUCUAGGGAGACGUGUGUGCGGUUUGUCUCCAGUUGCAGUGCUGUCCUGAUGCCUGUUGCCAAAUUUGUCUCACAGGGGAGGGUGACAUGCCUCCUGAGGACACUCACUGGUGCUGAUACAGGAUAACAGUGGUAACUUGUAAACCUAAAGCAUGCAGUGAAUGCUGGGGAGGUGGUGUAAAGAAAUGUGUAACUCAGGGACUUCAAAUUGCUUAUGUAUUAAAAAAAAAAACAUGCAUAGAGUAUAGAUGUGUGGAGAAGCUUUUAUGUGGUGUUGCAUUAAGAUGUUUGAUACGCUUGUGAGAAGGAAGCCAGGAGGACUUCUAAACCUGUGAAGUACGUGUGACAUGUUCCAAAGGUAAAUGAGAUGCAAAUAUAGUGUGGGAGCUGUGCUUUCCAGUCAUAGCUGUAACUGUAGUAAGUGAGCAGUACAAGUGAUAGCACAGUGGUGACUUCUUAUUUGUUGGGAUUUCUCAGUUGUGGAUCUCUGCAAUCCUGGUCAUCUUGGUUUCUCUGCAAUAAUAAAGAAGGUUGAUUAUAGUUCUGAACCCAUUUUGAGUGUAUGCUGAGGUACCUACCCGGUGUUUGCAGCUCUAUGCGUUUGGGCUUUUUAUUAAGCUAAUAAAUUAAUUUGUUCACAUUCAAAAUUGAGAUGACUGCCGAUAAAUGAUGUAAAGUUCAAAUGUUUGCUGUCAAACGGACAAUCGAUUUUCAGUUGGAAGGAAAAAGGCACAAGAGGCUGGUCUCCGUGUUUUCAAGGUUAGUAACAUUCCUGCCUUCGUGUUUCUUUUGUGAAACUAUUUCAGUUUAUUAAUGAAUUUUUACUUCUUUGCAGGGGAGAUCUGUGCCCUGAAAAGUCACGUGGACUUAAAUAAUCAUAGCAACUUUUCAAGGUUACUCUGUGCUUCCUGUGAACCUAAUACAGAAAAGUUAUUUCCCUCAGAGGUAUCAGUGUCACGAUAGAGAGCUCUCAACUUGCAGAGGCAUCUGGGAGCCUGCCUUGCAUCUGGAUCCUGUCACCUUUCUGUAUGGAGGCUUGCACAGAAGCAUUUUGCUAUGUAAACAAGCAGUGGUCAUGAAUUACUCAGACACUAUAAGCCUGUUUGUGGGGCCCACUGGUUAGGGCUGUAGGACUUCAACACAAGUCUUUAGGUAGAUCCCAGACAGAGCCCUUCCUUUAAAUUAUUCUCAUUCUGUGUAAUGUGGAUCACUGAAGGAGAAAUUUGGAAGGUGCUCACUUGUCCAGACAAACUACAGUCUGCAGUGCAGCUUAGCAUUCAAGGCACUCUUGAAUCACCUGGCAGCAGUCAAGUCACACUAGUGCUGCUCUCUUUCCCUAUACCCAAGGCACUGUUCUGGACUUCAGUAAUAUUGCAGUGCAAAGCUUUGCUGUGUGCUGAAGUCUUUUCUCAGCAUGAGUCUUUCCCAUUCCUAAAGUAGAAAAGCAACCCUGUGCUGUGAGACACCACCUAGCCUUCAACAUGUGCUUAGGCCAUGUGAUCUACAUCCACAGGGACAAGGGGGGGAGGAGGGGUGCUAAGUAACACGAAACCAGUGAUUAUGCAUCACAUGCCUUGGUCUUGUGUUUACAAGUCAUCUGAAUAGCUUUGGCCUUUAGUUAAAACUGCCUAAGCUGCAGUCCUGUGCAAAUGUAUGGUAUUGCACAAGUACUAUUAAGUGUAUGGGCAUUGAGUGCUGCUUCUGCAAAGAUGCUAUGGGCUGUGUGAGAUCUUGUCAGUGAUGUCUGUAUAGGCAACAAGUAUUGUGAGGAUGCUAGUCAUGGCAUGACAGCUCAUACCUGUGAGCCCAAGUGAGUUUUUGUAGGCCCUAAUGCCCAUGUUUUGCUCAUGGGCAUUAGGGCACAUGAGCUAAUGUCCAUACCCUCCCAGAGAAAAAGUUGUUGCCUGUGUGCGUGGAGGCAGGUUCUGUCAGCAGCUCCCUAAGUGCCUUGUUGGAACUAGUAGCAAGGGGGUGGGGGGGUUCAAGCAUUUCAGCUGGAGCUUCCCUGCUGUGUUCUCAGCAGCCCAGUGUUUUCCCUGCUCCUAUUGUCUCUGUAAAGAUUUGCCCCAUUUUUCUCUAGCCAGCAAGCCAAGCAAUUGUUAGCAUGACCACGUGCAGUCUGGCACUGUUCUCCAGGGAGCUCAGCGUGGCUUUGCAUGCUGAGUUAGUCAGGGCCUUGCUCUUAACCAUCUCACAUUGAUCUACUUCAGGAGGUUCUCCCCUUAGCUGAGCACCAGCAUGUCAGAGGAAAGCAUGGGCAGCCCUGGGUCCUGUGACAGGGUACCCACAUCCCAUUUCAUCUGUGCAAAACAAGCAGGGGGCAACUACCCCAACAUCACUUCAAGAACUCAUUCAGAGAAGCACUUUCUGACUUGAGCUGUAGUCAUAUUACUCAUUCCCUUCUCAGUUCCAGGGUGUUUGAGUUUGUUGCAGCCCUCUGUGGGGUUUAUGCUUUUUGAUCCAUUCUGUGCUGGGCAUCUGUGUGCGUGUGUGUUUUUAUACACAUGAACACAUAGCAUCUUGCAGUGGGGAUGGAAAAAAUCCUAAACAAGCUGGUUACUAAACUGCAGAGGGUGGAGUUUGAAGGGAUUAGAAACUAAGUUUGGAAGUGACUAUGGGGAACAGUUAUAAGGACUUCAAGUAGCUUUAUAAUUUCUCCAAACUCCUAAUGUUUGUGUGUUGUUUUCUCAGGAAGGAAGCAAUGUAGAUAUAAGAGCUGCAUCUACAGCCACGCUCCCAGCUGAUAAACAGGGACCAGCUUUGUACAUUUCCUAGGGAGCAAGAUUAGGAAAGGAAUCAAACAUCAGGAUUUGUCAGAGCUCAGGAAGGAAAAUUCUCGUGUGCUGGAAACUACAUUCAGAGGUAGCUCCCUCCUGUGUGAGCUGGAAUGCGGUAGGGUCUGCGUUGCUCAGAGGAGGUCCAAGGCACUGCUGCACUCCAGUGCCGACUAGCUGCCAUGUGGUAGGGAAAGUGGCAUGUAAAAGGCAAGACCUGCUUAAGAAUUGAUAACCAAAGCUUUAAAAUAGUGCAGUUGCAGGACCCCAUAGGGGCUAUUUUAUUUCUUUUUUUGUUUAUUUAUUUUGGUCUGAGGAGGAAGGAAAAACCCCACAUCCCACCAGGUGGGCUGUGCAGCCAUUUGCAUCUGAUCUGUUCCACCUGGUGCUGCUGCGUCUGCCAGGCCCUUUGAAACAGGGCAGGCACAGGGGAUGUUCUCAGAUAUGUUCCUGCUCGCUUGGGAAACCCUUGUAUCUGAGAGGCAACAGGGAAAGGCCUGGAACAGGAGAGCUGCUGGCUUAUGGCAGGUAGAUGUUUAAAACAUUUGGUGGGCAAAUGCUGCCACGAGUGGCUUGGGGAGAGGGGACCGAUUUUUGGCACAGGGCAAGCGUUUGGUGGGCAAACGCUGUCACAAGUGGCUUGGGGUGAGGGGGCUGAUUUUGGCGCAGGGCAAGUGUGAGGAUGCAUUAAAUGAUCUGAAGCCCUUUCCACCAUUAUUUUCUGUGAUUUAUGCAUUAGCUUCAUUUUUGUAAUUUCCUCUUUCCUAGGUUGAUUAAUACUAAAUUUAAUUUUCCGUAAUCAACUUGAGCAUGCAACUUGAAGAGAUGAGGUUUAGGCUGAUUGCAGUAAAAAUGUACCCAUCCUGUCUAGCUUGAAUAAAGCAAAACUAUUUUUAUCUCUAAAUUAUGCAAUAUUUUCAUGGAGCUCUGCAGCCUACUUAUAUUGAACUUUUGAAUGAAGUGCUCUGUUUUUUCAGAUCACCUAGUACAAACUUUGAAAAUGGUUUUUUUAAUUAUGAGAGACCCACCUGCAUGCCAUCAACCAAAUUAUUAGUGAGGCAGGGAAGGAUAACCACUACUGCUGUCAGACUUCAGCUGCAUGCGGAAAAGGUUUAAAUGCCAGGAACAGAAGUUGCCAAGAAAUAACUUUAAACACCAGGUGCUGGAGGAAUGAAUUAAUAUGGCUUAUUUUUAGAAAUAGCUAAUGGAGACCUGAUGCAGGCUUUUCCGUGUACAGCAGCAUUUGGCUGGGCAAGAGAACCAACAAAAGAGCACAACCUUACACAACCCUAACACACACACACAAAAGAUGCAAUUUAAUUAAAAGCUUUAAUUAGGCAGGAAAAGAGAACCUGCUCCCUUUUCCUCUUAUUUGUGAGACUCCAGUGAACUGUUCCUGUGCUCUUACUUACUGGAAUUGCCUUUGAUGUGGUUUGGGAUGACCUUGAAGUAAGAAAGCCCUGUGCAGAAGCAGCUCCUGAAAGCCUUUCUGCAGCACUUGCAAUUGAGUUUCAUUUUGGCUGCACGUUGCUGCUGGCAGGGCCCACUGCUAGGAACAGCGAGCCUAAGUGUUCUCACUCAACUGGUUUCCUCCAGUGGUACAGGAGUCAGAGGUAAUUUCUAGAGGAAGCAGGACCUGAGACAUUGAUGAGUAUCAUGAAGCCAUUAAGAGGGAUGUCAUAGAAUCCUUUGCGUUGGAAGGGACCUUUUAAGGCCAUCUAGUCCAGCUGCCACACAAUAAACAGGGAUGACACAGGUUGAUCAGGUUGCCCAGGGCCUGGUCCAGCUGAGCCUUGAAAGUCUCCAGGGACAGGGCAUCCACCACAUCUCUGGGCAACCUGUGCCAGUGCCUCACCACCCUCUCUGUAAAAGACCUUUUCCUUACAUCCAACCUACAUCUACUAUCUUUAAGCUUGAUACUGUUUCCCCUUGUCCUGUCACCACAGACUCUGCUAAAGAGUCCGUCCCCUUCUUUCCUUAGCUUCUAUUCAGAUACUGAAAGGCCGUUCUCAGGCCUCCCCAGAGACUUCUCCAGGCCGAACAGCCACAGCUCUCUCAACCUCUCCUCAUAGGAGAGGUGUUCCAUUCCAUGGAUCAUUUCUGUUGCCCUCCUCUGGAUGUGCUCCAACAGGUUGAUGACUCUUCUGUACUGAGAACUCCACAUCUGGACAUGGUACUCUAGGUGAGGCCCCACCAGCGCAGAGUAUAGGGGCAGCUUUGGGGAACUGCUGCAAUGAGCUUCCCCUAGUUUUUUUAGCAAAGAGGGUUCGCAGAAGCGUUCAGGGCCACUUUGUCAGUGUUUUGGCUGAGAGCACAGGUUACAAAACCUGGGUCUUUCUGGUAGGUACAGCUGGCUGGGAGUGAUGUUGGAAAGCAGAGAUGCGUUGAUAAUGGGUGGCUCUUGGAUGUCUGUUAACAAUUAACGACCUGUUGUGUCUGUAACAACCUGGUGGCUUUGAGGAUGUGCUUCAGCAGUCCAUUUUCACUGGGCUGAGUUGGCAUUGGUGGUGAUGAUAGGCAGAUCUUUCUGUAAGAGCCCAGUGUGAUGAGUGCAGCUGGGAUCAGAGGCUUGUUGUCUAGCUGUUUGGUGAGGGUAUUGCGGGGGGGGGGGGGGAGGGCGGUGUCCCUAUGACUGUUUUUUUAGGUACUGCAGGUGUUUCCUGUACCUGUCUUUGAUGGCUUGCCCUGCUGCUUCUGCUAAUAACCAUUUUCUUCAGUAGAAGUCUGAUUUGUCUCUAACUUGUAUUACGACUCAUUUGGAGCAGGUCUGUGUUAUUAGUUUUGCUGGUGCCAGCUCAUCUUAGCAUUACAAAGGUAAUUUCCAGCCCUUCCAAGUGAGGUUCCUGUUUCUCCCUGGGGUUGUGUGGCACUGCUGGCCGUAGCUCUGCUGAUGGAGCCUCUGGGGCUCGGGAAGGCACUUUGUGCGUCAUCCUAACAAGUUGUUCACAACUCCAGGCACUGGAGGGGGCUUCUGAUUUGGCUGCUGAGAGGACUUUGAUAAAGAAGAAAGGACUGUUUUUUUCCUGAUGGCUGUAAAUGAAAAAGCUUUUCACUUGGGAGUCAUGGGUCAUAUUUAUGGAAAUGUGGAGAGUGGUUGCAAUAUUUAUAGCAGUUACAGAUGCAAUUGAAUCUAUCUUUUAUUGAUACAUAUUUACAUGCCCACAGAAAUCCUAUUGCACAGUAGCUGAGAGAAUUUUAUUUAGAUUUAGUAUUUUGAAGUAAUUUUUUAGUGCUUCUCUAUUAUCCGAGGAGUGUAAGAUUCAAUAUUUCAAGUAGAACUGUCACCAAACAGCUGGAGGUUUUAAAAAGAUUUUUAUUUUACAUAAAGAUAAAUGUUGAAGACGCAUUUUUCAGAGACACCAUCUGUUCCAUGUUGACCUUAAUUUUCUGGAUGAGUGCUUUUCUUCAAACGUUUUAAGUCUUGUCUACAUUUCAUUUGCUUGGGAGUGUUUAGGAUAUUUGUUGAACAGGAAAUCAGAUAUUCAGAAUGCAAACACAGCAUUACAUUGCAAAUUAUUGCCUUUGUAUAAUUUAACAAACUGCUGGGUAAAUAGUUCUGCAGAUUGGCCGGGGCAACGCUGCCUCUGACAUCUGGCAGGUUGGCUUUUGGUGGAGCUGCAUUUCAUAGAAUCACAGAACCGUUUGAGUUGGAAAGACCAUCUGGUUCAACUGCCCUGCAAUGAACAGGGACACCCACAGCUCGAUCAGGGUGCUCAGAGUCCCAUCCAGCCUGACCUUGAAUGUCUCCAGGGACAGGGCAUCCACCAUCUCUCUGGGCAAUCUGUUCCAGUGCCCUGCUGCUCGUAUUGUAAAAAACAACUUCGUUAUAUCCAACCUAAAUCUCUCCUCUUUGAGUUUGAAACCUCUGAUCUUUGUCCUGUCACAACAGACGCUGCUAAAGAGAUUUCUCAUGAGAGCCAGUGCCAUGGCCUGCAGAUGCCGAGCAAGAAAUACGGACAUCCCAUUGUGACAACCGUGUGUGAAUGGCUCUGGCCUGCUCUGUAGGCACUUUGUAGGGACAGGGGUAGGAUAAGGGCUUGUUGGCUUUGUGGCCCUGAUGCACUUUGCUCUUCAGACAGAAAAAUGUUUAGUUUUGCAAAAUAAAAAUGCAUUUGUUUUCAUGCA